AUGGUGGUUGAGUCAAUGGAGAUAGACGAACCAGUUUUUGUCACUCGUCCUGUGCCGCCUUUGGCACAACCGAUAAUGUCCUACCUCAAGGAUGGGAGCCUCCCGAAAGAGGAAGUGUCGGCAAGGCAAAUUCAGAGAAGGGCAAAGGCAUACACUAUCAUCAAUGGUGAACUAUACAAGAGAAGUGUUACUAACAUCUUGCAACAAUGCGUUGAGCCGGCAGAAGGACAAGAAAUACUCCGGGAUAUUCAUCAGGGGGAAUGUGGUCAUCAUGCAUCCUCAAGAACAUUGGUGGGCAAGGCAUUCCAGCACGGUUUCUACUGGCCGAGUGCGCUACAAGAAGCAGAAGACGUGGUCAGGAAAUGCAAUGGUUGCCAGAGCGAGGUUGUUGGUGCCGGUACUCGGAGCGUCCGUCGCGGUGGAAGUCGAUUCGACCAGGAUCUCUUCAUCGACUUCCUCUUCGUCUUCCUCAUCCGCGUCUGA